GUUGCACGUUCUUGGACACGCAUUGGGUAAACCAACCCCAAGCCGACGCAUCCAGAACGAAGCAUUAGGUAGUCAGGGCCGGACCAAUGGAACCUGGGGUCUCAUUAGCGACAGUAGGCUGAGGGGCUCGACAGCGAAUCAGUGUAAUACGAUAAGAGACUCACACUCGGCAUGGCUGAAGUCGCGAUAUCGCUACUGUAUCAACCCAUAUUUGCGCUCUUCUGAGCAGCGCAUGAUCGGGAAAACGCAGAAUUACGCCAUCUUCCAGUCGUGGCUCUGAGCCCGGCAUCUCCACACCCUCCGUCCCCGAUGCGGGUUUAGAAUCAUCACUCACCAAUCGCCCAGAGCAAGUCCGCAGCAUCUCAUAUUCCUGGACACGACAUGGACCUUGGCUCGGUCGAGGACACGGCCAUCUCACCAUCGGCGCCAUCUUCUGAGUUGCUAUCGCCACCACCCCUAUUAGAUUUCCUCAGCCUCCCACUCGAGAUCCGCCUAGAGAUCUACACACAUCUGCUCACCAUACCCUCAAACCCAUCACAUCCCCUCUCCGCUCCCACACCGGUCUCCUCUUCACCCCACGCCCCGUUCUUCUUGCAACAAGACCCCCCAGCCCCCUUGUACCCCAGCAUUAUCCGCACAUGCCGCCAGCUACAUGCAGAGUGCCUUCCGGUGCUCUACAAGAGCAACAUGUUCCUAGCCCACGCGACGCUGCUCACCGUGUUCCCAUCGUUGUUCAGCCCGAGUCAUCCGCGCAAGACGUACGCGCCAGUUCGCAGCCCCUCACUCGCCUCGCUGGUGACGCGAUUCCGGGUUCGCGUCAGACUCGAUGCGGAGCCUCAAUUCGCGCGGGACGAGGUGACGGCGCAGUUCUCCGGCAAGAGCGAGUUGGUAAUCGAAACCUGGCAGACCGAGUGGCGGGCUGCCGGUCCCGAUGUGCUCCGCCUCUUCGAGGGUGUGAGGGGUAUCCGAGUGGCCAAGGUCAUCGGGAGCACGAGCGGGUUUGAGGAAUACGCUUGGUGGCUUGAGCGGGCGAUGAUGGCUAGGGCCGGAGACCACGUUGCGCCUUUUCCUGAGCAGGACGGCGCUGGUAGAGGGACCUUCCGGAGAUGAAGAUUGUUUCCAAGCUUCCCAGGAUGUAUAAGCUAUGGAAUAGGGUGUUGGUGGCUGUAUGCUUUUUUUCCUCCCACGACUCUAGGCCGUAGCAUGGUGCCAAGGAGAUUGUUAUACCAAAAGGGUUUGUCCAACAUCUUCACAAGUAUCCUGGUCGCUAGAAACCUCCAUUAUACGUUGACUGAUCAUGCCUGGGAGUCGCUCGAUUCAAGAGGUUGCUAUAGUC